GACAGUAGAGGGUGGAGUCAUGAACAGGUGAGUAAAAUAGCGCUCAUCUGCGAGAAGUGUUCAUUCAUGUAUGCAGUGCUAGAGAGUAAAGAUGAGCAACUGGAUAAUCAAUCACGGGCCGAGUGCCUUCAUCGUGGUGGUGUGGAUGGGCAUCAACAUCUUUCUGUUUGUCCACUUCUACUUAUUCUAUGAUCGGGGACCACAAUUUGAUUACACUCGUGAACUUUUAGGGUCUGCAUUGCCCUGGGCCAGAGCUCCAGCUGCUGUACUCAACUUCAACUGCAUGCUGAUUCUUCUGCCAGUAUGCCGCAACCUGCUGUCUCUUCUCCGCGGCUCUUUCAUGUGCUGUGGACGAACAAUAAGGAAACAGCUGGACAAAAAUCUGACUUUCCACAAAUUGGUUGCUUACAUGAUUGCUUUAAUGACAGCGGUUCACACUAUCGCUCAUUUGCUUAAUGUGGAAUGGUACAGCAACAGCUUAGAAGGACGAUAUGGGCCUCUCGCCGGUAAUCUGUCUAUGCUUGACGACUCCACUGAAUUAAAUACUACUUACCUUAAUCCUGUUCGCUCCAGUUCUACGACUCCAACGAUUUUUGUGUUCACCACUAUCGCGGGUCUCACAGGUGUCGUCAUAACUCUUGCCCUCAUCCUCAUGAUCACUUCCUCUAUGGAAGUCAUUCGCAGAAGCUACUUUGAGGUCUUUUGGUACACGCAUCACCUCUUCAUCAUUUUCUUUGCUGGCUUGGUUUUCCACGGUGCAGGACGCAUUGUGCGAAGUCAGCAAGUGACCGAUCCGCCUCACAAUACUUCCUUCUGCGAUGAGCAGCCAGAGAACUGGGGGAAAAUUCCUGAAUGUCCAAUUCCGCAGUUUGCCGGAGGAUUUCCUCAGACCUGGAUGUGGGUGAUUGGGCCGAUGAUAAUUUACCUUUGUGAGCGGCUGCUGCGUUUCAUUCGCUACAUGCAGCCUGUCAGUUAUAGAAAGAUUGUAAUCCGCCCAUCUAAAGUGUUGGAACUACAGCUGGUUAAGCCUGGAUUCAAGAUGGAAGUUGGCCAGUAUGUGUUCCUCAAUUGUCCAGCCAUCUCUCAGCUGGAGUGGCACCCGUUCACCAUGACAUCAGCCCCGGAGGAAGACUUCUUUAGUGUGCACAUCCGCUUAGUUGGAGACUGGACUGAAAAGCUCAUCAGUAUGGUUGAAAACCUACCAGAGGGUGGGCAAGGACCUAAGAUGGGUGUGGAUGGCCCGUUUGGAACUGCGAGCGAGGAUGUAUUUGAUUACGAGGUCAGCAUGCUGGUGGGUUGUGGGAUUGGAGUGACCCCAUUUGCCUCUAUCCUGAAGUCCAUUUGGUACAAGUUUAAAGACUCCGACCCUAAACUACGAACAAAGAGGAUUUACUUCUACUGGCUGUGUAGGGAGACAUAUGCCUUCGAGUGGUUUGCAGAUCUCCUACAGGUCCUUGAGAGAGAAAUGGAAGAACGAGGAUUGAGGGACUUCCUCACAUAUAAGCUCUACCUCACUGGAUGGGACCAGAGUCAUGCAGACCAUGCAAUGGUGCAUUUUGAUAAAGAUACAGAUAUCAUCACUGGUCUAAAGCAGAAGACUCAUUAUGGCCGACCGAACUGGGAUAAAGAAUUUGAGCAAGUUCGGCAAGAAAACCCAUCAUCUGUGGUUGGAACUUUCUUGUGUGGCCCACAAGCCUUAGCGAAGGACUUGGAGAAGAAAUGUGUUAAGUACUCAGACGUGGAUCCACGGAGAACCAAGUUUUACUUUAACAAAGAGAACUUCUGAGGAAAUAUUUUGCAGGAAACUUAAUUCUCUUGAAGGACUUGUGCACUUGAGAUUGUGUUCUUCAGCAGUAUCAUGAUUUGUCAUACCUCAAAUCUUUCCAUCCGAAUGAUUCUGCAUUACUGUGAGACUACGUGAAAAAUUAUAACCUUCCUCCUGGAAAGUGCGCAACUUGCUGGAAGUGACUAAUUCCGUGUCUGAGUCAAAAGUCCACGCAUUGUAUUUCUUUUUUUCAAGGUUUGGCUUUAAGUUCCUGGUUAGAAAUGAAUCACCAAGAAUCAGGGAAAUAAGAACUCCAUCAGAAUGUAUUGUCUUUAUAAAUGCCUCCUUGUGUAAAUAAGUGAACUCUAAAAUUAGCAUGGCAAGAAGUUACUGAAAAGCACUGAGCAUUUUAGCUCCUUGUGAAAGUGAAAAAGGAAAACUGCUUUUUUUUUUUAAAAGCAUACAUUAUUUGAUCUAACAUGUCACAUAUGGUUAGUCACUGAUUGUGUAACCUUUUAAAAAAAAUAAUCAAAACAACUAUCAUAGAAGUUGUUAAUACUGUACGUUAUACAUGUUUUUUCUAAAUUGUUUUUAUAAAUAAAAUAACAAUAUCCAGUUAUUUCAAAA